AAAGCAUGCACAAUUAUGGUGUAGCACUUAAAUAGAGACGAUCGACAACAACAACAUCAUCCAAAGGCAUGGCUAUCAAAUCAGAGACCUAUAAAUCAUUAGAAUUGGGUGCACCAUCUAAGAGUCAUGCCUCAGGGACUCCACUAGUUCUGCUCAACUUGUCUUCCAAUUGGGAGAGAUCCAUUUUGAAGAAUGAGAAAUUGUUGCUCACAACCAGAAAGAAGAAUGAUCCCGUUACCAUCUUUCAUGGGUCCAAAGCACCUAACUUGAGCGUUACACAUUACAUGGAGCGCAUUCUAAAGUACUCUCACUGCAGCCCUUCAUGUUUUGUGAUUGCUCAAAUAUACAUGGACAGGUUCUUUCAGAAAAAAGGUGGAUAUCUUACUUCCUUCAAUGCACAUCGCCUCCUCAUCACAAGCGUUAUGGUAGCUGUCAAAUUUCUUGAUGAUAAGUACUAUAGCAAUGCCUACUAUGCUAAAGUGGGAGGGGUUAGCACAGAGGAGAUGAAUAGGAUGGAAUUGGAGUUUUUGUUUAAUUUGGAAUUUAGACUCUUCGUGACAACAGAGCUGUUCCUCAAAUAUUGUGAGAAGCUUGGAUAGGGCGGUUGAGUUUUCGGAGAAUAUUAGAUUCGUUGCUCUCAUUAGUCUUCAAGCAAAGUGAAAAAUGACCAAGAGAGAUGAUAAAUCAAUGAACGAAGCGAGGUUGAGAGGUGUGAAAUAUGCUUAAAGAUGGUGAUAGAACUUGAAAGACUUUAGUUUUGAUGUUGACUUCAGACUUGUUCGGAUGGGUUGUGUUUUCUUGUUUUUGUGUUUAUGACAUGAAACAUUUAUGAUGAAAUUGAAGUCAUGAUUACUCAUGCACA